CGCACCGACCUACCAACCGGCUAGCGAGGAGCUCUCUCUCGGAUCCCCCUCUUUCUCUCCCCGCCUUGCUCCCUCUUUAUUCCUCCACAUAUAUUCGGUACCGGGUCUUCCGCGGAUAAAUGUAAUCGGAGCUCACAGUGGGGAGACGCUGUUGUCGCUUUUCCCCCAUGGAGGACUGUUGUUCCCCGGAAAACGAGAGGAUGGAAGCGUGGCUGGACGACCACUUGGAGUUCACCCAUUCCUACUUUGUCAGAAAGGCGUCAAGGGAGAUGGUGAAUGCCUGGUUUGCUGAACGCAUCCAUUCCUUUCAGCCAUCUGUGUCCAAAGAAAGUCCUUCACAGCAGCGAGCCCACCAGUCCACCACUGACCUUGGCCCUCCCUGUGCCUCCACCAUCCUCCCACCUACCCUCAGCCACUUGGACAACCGCUGUCCAUCCCCAGCUACAGUCUCCAGCCCGGCCCCUGGUACCCCAACUCGCAAAAUCUCAGCGUCAGAGUUUGACCGCCCACUCAGACCCAUUGUGGUUAAAGACUCAGAGGGCUCUCUGACAUUUUUGAGUGACGCUGACCGUGAAAUUGUCCCUGUCAGGGGCUUGGUGAUGGGUGAGGGUGGUAUUGGUGGGGGAGGUGGGAAUGGAGGUGGUGGUGGUCUUGAGGGUGACCGCUGUGCCAGGCUGCUGGAGCUGGUGAAGGAUGUUUCGAGUCAUCUGGAUGUGACAGCACUCUGCCAUAAGAUCUUCCUCCACAUCAAUGAGCUGAUUGCUGCAGACCGCUACUCACUGUUUCUGGUGGGUGAGGAUAGCUCAAACAGGAAGUUCUUGGUCAGCCGGCUGUUUGAUGUGGCAGAAGGAACCACGCUGGAAGAAUCUUCCAGUAACUCUAUCCGACUGGAGUGGAACAAAGGGAUUGUGGGACACGUAGCUUCUACGGGACAACCACUUAAUAUCAAGAAUGCUUAUGAGGACCCCAGGUUUAACGCUGAGGUCGACCAUAUCACAGGUUACAAAACCCAAAGUAUCCUUUGUCUGCCUAUCAAGAACCACAGAGACGAGGUAGUUGGAGUGGCUCAGGCUAUAAACAAGAAAUGCGGGGACGGUGGAGCCUUUACUGAGCAGGAUGAAAAGGACUUCUCAGCUUAUUUGGCGUUUUCAGGCAUCGUACUACACAACGCACAGCUGUACGAGACGUCACAGCUGGAAAACAGACGCAAUCAGGUGUUGCUGGACCUGGCCAGUCUGAUCUUUGAGGAGCAGCAGUGCCUGGAGGUUUUACUGAGAAAGAUUGCAGGAACCAUCCUGUCCUUCAUGCAGGCCCAGGCUUGUACCGUCUUCAUCGCUGACGAAGACUCAAUGAACACUUUCUCCAGUGUCUUUCACAUGGACUAUGAGGAACUGGGUGAAGUCCUAGAUGCCCCAAAAAGGGGGCAUGAUAACAGCCAGAUUAACUAUAUGUACGCCCAGUAUGUUAAAAACACCAUGCAGCCUCUGAACAUUGCCGAUGUCACCAAGGACCAGCGCUUUCCUUGGACGAGCGAAAACCCAGAUCACUCUAGCAAUCAGAUAAAGAGUUUGCUCUGCACUCCCAUCAGGAAUGGCAAGAAGGACAAAGUCAUUGGUGUUUGUCAGUUGGUGAACAAAAUAGAUGAAGUGUCAGGCAGCGUCAAGGCAUUCAACAGAAAUGAUGACCAGUUCCUGGAGGCAUUUGCCAUUUUCUGUGGUCUCGGCAUCCAAAACACACAGAUGUAUGAAACUGUAGAGAGAGCUAUGGCCAAGCAAGAGGUCACUCUGGAGGUCUUGUCGUAUCAUGCCUCUGCUGCAGAUGAAGAAUCACGGGAACUCCAGUUAGCAACCAUUCCAUCAGCUCAGUCGCUCCAUCUUCUGGACUUCAGCUUCAGUGACUUUGACUUGUCCGAUACUGAAACCACGCUGGCUACUGUGCGGCUGUUUGUUGACCUCAACCUGGUCCAAAACUUUCAGAUGAAGUACACGAGUUUAUGUCAGUGGAUUAUGAGUGUUAAGAAGAACUACAGGAAGAAUGUGGCCUAUCAUAACUGGAGACAUGCCUUCAACACAGCCCAGUGCAUGUUUGUGCUCCUCAAGUCAGGGCACUUACAGAGCUAUAUGAGUGAUUUGGAGGUGCUGGCUCUAAUGAUUGCAACACUCUGCCACGACCUGGACCACAGAGGAGUUAAUAACUCCUACAUACAGAGGAGUGACCACCCACUGGCCCAGCUGUACUGCCACUCCACCAUGGAGCAUCACCACUUCGAUCAGUGCCUCAUGAUCCUCAACAGCCCUGGAAACCAGAUCCUGAGCGGCCUUUCUCUGGACGAGUACAAGGCCACUCUGAAGAUGAUUGAAAGGGCUAUUCUGGCCACCGACCUCGCCCUGUACAUGAAGAGGCGAGGGGAGUUCUUUGAGCUGACCAAGAACAACCAGUUUGUUUGGGAGGAUGAACACCACAGAGACCUGCUGAGGUCAAUGCUGAUGACUGCAUGUGACAUCUCUGCCAUCACUAAGCCCUGGCCAGUACAGAAAAGGAUUGCAGAGCUGGUGGCCACUGAGUUUUUCGAGCAGGGGGAUAAGGAGAGGCAAGAGCUGAACAUUGAACCAAUUGACCUGAUGAAUCGUGAGAAAAGGGAUAAGAUACCGAGCAUGCAGGUGUCCUUCAUUGAUGCCAUUUGCAUUCAGUUAUAUGAGACUUUGGCUGGCUUAUCGGAGUAUUGCUCCCCGUUGUUGGAAGGAUGUCAGAAAAACCGGCAGCAGUGGAAGUGUUUAGCCGAGGAGUGUGAGAAGGGGCUUGUCAACGGCUUGGUGUGAUCCAAACACCAGUUUGGUUUUCAUCCAACUCAAAUUUCCAGAGUUCCACAUUUUCAACCUAUUCUCAUUAAAAUUAUCUAAUAGCGUAUUGUGUGGACUGACAGUGAGGUAGAAAAGUAAUUUUCCUACCAUGAAAAAAAAACAUUAGCUAUAGAUAAUAGAAGAGGUCACUUGCCUUGAGCAGUCUUAAUACUUUAAGACUUAAUCUAUUACGGUUGAGGUGCCGCAGUCAGGUUUCACAGUUUGUCUUUCUUUUCCUUGUUGUAAUCUGGAGUUUACUCACCCGGCAAAGCGUUUGCUCAGAUAUAGGAAAAUUACAAACGAUCAUGCAUAGCCAUGCCAAUGAGUACAAGUUAAAAAAUAAAGUAAGAUAGAAAAAAAACUGUAAAAACAUCCACAAGUCAGUCUGUUGACUUGUUGGUAAUCUGCCUAGACUUGGCAGCACUUUUCCUGUCUCCCGGAGUAUCAGUAAUUCUUGUGAGUACUUUUCACAACAGAUAAAAAUAGAGAAACUAUGAAAUAACAUCAAAGUUGUAUGCUAGUUUUACAGCUAAGCCCUACCAUGAACAGAAAGGAAUGAAAUGUGUCCAUAACAAGAAAUCAUUGUUUCUGAGGUCAUGGUCAUUUUAUCCUGUCACCACCAUUUUUUCUCACUCACCAGAGAUAAUAACAAAGUCAGCACUAAGCUAUAUUUAUUACCAUAGACAUUGUUAUUUUUGCACAGAGUGGCUUUCAUAUUGAUGGUCUCACCUACACUAUCUGUGACAGGUAGUGAACUUUAGGGAACACUGAAUGGUUAAGCUGCAUACACACUGGAAGCUCUACAUAUUUACUUCCAGGUCAUAUGUAUUGGUAGUUGCUUCGGUCGCUUGCCUAGAAGUUGAAAAAAAAAAUUAUCUUCCCUUAGCAGAUAGGAAAUGGUAAACUGACUGAUUCUUAUUUAGCACUUUUCUACUCUGCCUGAACAUUCAAAGAAUUUGCCUGUGGUUAUUUCAUCUGUAAUCACUUGAAGUUGUGGGAUGUAAUUCACUUUGAAUGGUCUCUAUUCACUAUGUCGCUUCCAGUGUUCAUGGAGCUUUAGCACCAUUAGCACCAUUCUAGUGGGAUGAAAACAAUGCAACUACUAUAUACUUUACAUAGUGUCACAAUAAUCUUAUAGACUUGUUAUAUGUCUUCACGGCGCACACACACACACACACACACACACACACACACUACGUGGGUUUGAGUCUUUCGUACAUUUUAUUCACUGUCUUAACUAUUGCAUAUUUAUUUUUGUUUUAUAUAUUUAUUAGAGUCUAUAUUGUAAGGUCAUUCUUUUGUCAAAGCACACAAUUAUUAUCUAGAAAAUGUUUUCAUAUGUGGAAAAAAAAUCCCGUCUUUUUUUAUAGGCCCUUUCUUAGGAACAACUGCUUCUUCUGAUGACAUUUGGAAAUGUACUGUAUUGUGUUAUUUGGAAUUUAGAUUUUCUAUUUUUCCAGCUGUAGGAAGAGCCAAAGACUAGAUCUGUGAUUUCAAAGGGAAAUGGAUCUAGAUGUUGCCACUGCCUUGUUGCGAUAAAGUACACAAUUCACAGUUUUACAGAACCACUUAUUUUUAUUUAGCCAUGUCCAGUAAUGCUGUUUAUACAUACCAAUUUUACAAACUGAACGACGGAGUAAUGUCUACAGAAUAUAAAGUAUGAUUUACUCACCGAGGGUGGCAUCUAGCUCUGAUACAUUGUGAUGCGGUGUAUAAUUUCUAUUUCUGUAAACCUGAUUUUCUAAUGGGUAAAUGUAAAAAUCUGUUCAAACAAGAUAUUUGCUACAAGGAAAAAAAUGAUUCUUUAACAUUUAGAGCAGUUUCUGUUGCACUACAAAGACUGACUGAACAACAGAAUUUGGCAGAAAAUUUCAGUAUGUAACCCAGAAUGUAUCCAGGAGCAACUUUUUCAUUAGAUAAAGAUAUUAAGUGUUUCAGCAUUUUGAUGUGUUUGGGUUCACUGCUGUCCACCCUUUAGAGGCAGAGGUUUUCAGUCUGUAGUCAGAGGCGAGGUGCCAUCAGCAACACAUUUAAAAGAACAAUCUGGUACCUUUGGACCUUGUGAAAUGCAGGUUUUUGCUGAUCCUGCAAGAAGGAACAAUUACUCCUCAAUAAAAGUGAUUUCAGCAUGUCCACACUAGGAAUAAAUAGAAAAUGCAACAUUACUAUGACAUUUUUCUGUACACCUAGAAUGUUUGUUAAUAUCUAGUUUUGAAGGAUGCUACUGUUACCCUUCAGAACUCUUUUUUUAUGCAGAAAAGAAAAAGUUCUGAAAUGUUUUGGUAAAUGAAACUGCUGAAUCAGCAGAACUAGUAAAACAGUUAAUUGUCCAGCCGAUAAACUGUUGAUGAGGAGUCACAGAGGUCUGGAAGCCACUACCAUACAGGGGAGGGCAGCAGAUAUUUUCUGAAUACAUCUCACUGAAAAAAAUAAUGUAGGAGGAUGCAUAAGGACUUAAGAAAAGAGAAGAGCAAUGCGCUGAGAACUGGUUUGAUCUGUUCGGUGCAGUGGAAAUAAAAAAGGCUUCUACUGGAUAACAGUAUGAUAACAUUGUUGCAUAAGAGCAGUGGGAUCUGGCAGAACAUAUUUCACCCCCUGCUUUAAAGUACAGAUUAUUUUUUUAGUUACAGGGUUUCAAAGUUUCUGAUAUUACUAUGUUGGUUGUUUACUUUCUCUAUCAUUCAGCUCUUUACAUUUAUACAGAGUACACAGGUGCCACAUAGGUGCAUUUAAUGAACAGCUUACUAAUGGACAUGACAGAUUCAUUUAAACUCAAGCACUUUUGUAGAUGUACAUGCUCAGAAAGUUAAUUUGUGUCCGUGGUUGUCAUUUGUACAUUGAAUAAGUCUCCAGGACUAUUUUACUUGUGCCUGUAGCUUAGCCUCUGUGCUCUCUGGAGAAAAAAACAAACAAAAAACCCCUCACUGCUUGGUUGUCGGUUUUUUCUUUUGCAUGUAUAUGAGAGGGCAUUACACGACAGAUGGAUGGA